AGAGACUCAAGUACUCAACUCCCGAGCCGCCAUGGACGCCGGAGUAGCAGUAAAAGCUGACGUGGUAGGUGCAAGAAAGAGAGAAAGACCAUUCAAAGGGAUAAGGAUGAGGAAAUGGGGAAAAUGGGUGGCGGAGAUUCGAGAACCCAACAAGCGUUCAAGACUUUGGCUCGGCUCUUACUCUACUCCCGAAGCGGCCGCCCGUGCAUACGACACGGCGGUGUUUUACCUCAGAGGACCCACCGCUACGCUCAACUUCCCGGAGCUUCUGCCGUGUACGUCCACUGAGGACAUGUCAGCGGCCACGAUCAGGAAAAAGGCUACGGAGGUCGGAGCUCAGGUAGAUGCGAUAGGGACGACGGUGGUUCAGAACAACAAACGCCGCCGCGUUUUUAGUCAAAAGCGUGAAUUUGGCGGCGGGUUAUUGGAGCUUGUUGACUUGAACAAGCUACCCGACCCGGAAAAUCUCGAUGAUGAUUUGGUGGGAAAAUAGACUGAAAAUAAUAAUAAAUAUCUUACAAUUAC